CCCCCUCUCGGUCUCUCUCUCUCUCCACUUGCCCUCCAUCGCGUGCAUGCAUAAAGGCCAAGCUACGGUCAGCUCAUUCUCUCGCUUCAGACCUCCAUGGCUGCCCACCUCUUUCCUUUUCAUCCAUGUCUCCUCUGCCUCUUCUUCUUCUUCUUCAUCCUCUUUCUUGGAGCUGAUGCAACUUCAGGCUUCAUCAGCAUCGACUGCGGUGCUUCAGAUUCCUACACGGACGCCGACGGCAUCCACUGGGAGAGCGACAGGGCAUACAUUUCCAAUGGCGAGAGCCGAGCAGUGCAGAGCACCGAAUCCAUGGCCACGCCGCUGACAACGCUCCGUGUGUUCUCGUCGAGGAAGAAGAACUGUUACCCGAUCCUUCUCCCCGAUGCCCGACGCAUCCUCGCCAGAGUCAGCUUUCACUACGGCAACUACGACAAGAAGGCGGCGCCGCCGACGUUCGAGCUCCAGUUCGACGGCAACAGCUGGGCCACGGUCGUCACCCGGAUGGAUGGCGCUGUCUACUUCGAAGCCGUGUACGAUGUGCGCAUGGGCAGGACCAGCAUAUGCGUCGCUCAGACCAUCCCCAAGCAGCUGCCCUUCGUGUCGUCGAUCGAAGUUAGGCAGCUGGAGAACUCCAUGUACGACGGCGAACCCACCUUCGCCUUCUUCCUCCUCAGAAGGUGGUCGUUCGGAGCUACUGACAGCGUCAGGUACCCUGACGACAACUACGAUCGAAUCUGGGUUCCUGCCGCUGAUUCUGCAGGAGUAACCUCACUAUCCAGCGACACAACCAUCAUGGACACCUCAAAUUCGACCGAGCAUCCUCCAAAAGCUGUGUUGCUCAACGCUUUCACGACGACAGAUCCAUCCGCCGACUUGAGUUUGACGUUCGCUGAUCUUGUUCCAGCAGCCACCAUUCCGGUCUACAUCAACCUCUACUUUGCUGAAAUGACUUCGUUGAGUUCUUCUGAUGUGAGAUCGUUCCGGAUUGACAUGGAUGGAAAGACAUCAGAUCCGAUCGUUCCGCCUUACCAAAAGGUGUUGGAGUUUUCGUUCGCCGAUCGUGGCGUCACAGCUAGCAGUCAAAUGGCGUUGCGAGCUACAGCCGACGCCACCCUUCCCCCCAUCAUCAGUGCCAUGGAGAUCUUCACCGGUAGCAGUCUCAGCAACGGAACAGCCGAAUCCGACGCGAAGGCGUUGACAAUUUUACAGCUACAGUUUAAGGCUCUCAGUGACUGGAAUGGCGAUCCUUGCCUCCCGGCAAACUACAGCUGGGAUUGGGUUGGAUGCAGUUCUGAUCCAGUUCCACGAAUCAUUGCACUGUAUCUUGCUGGGUAUGGGCUUGCUGGAGAUCUUCCAGACUUCAGUGACUUGAGCUCUCUGCAGACCAUAGAUAUGCACAACAACAGCAUUACAGGAGAAAUCCUUGACUUCCUGGGCAGGUUGCCCAACCUAAUUCAGCUGAAUCUGGCUGAUAACAAGUUGAGCGGAGCGAUCCCAUCGUCUUUGACCUCAAACAACAGGAUCAAGCUGGUGACUUCUGGAAAUCCAGACUUGUGCUCUCCCGACCAGACCUGUGACACAUCCAAAGGUUCAAGCUCUGCUGGUGCCAAAAAAAAGAGUAGCAAAUUAGGGCUCAUACUUGGAGUUGCGGUUCCAGUGUUCUUCGUCGCCCUUGUAGCCACAGCAGUCACGUUCUUCCUUCGUAGCAGGAGAAGAGCUCCACCUGUUGCAGCAGAAAAUCCAGGGCAUGUUAAUUCAUACGGUAAGCCGGGAGAAACAGCUGAAGGUCAGGGACAGGGUGCCAUAAAAGGUAAUGGCCAUGGCAUGUUUGGAGCUCAACAUGGAAGAAUGGUUCAAACACCUGGUGUUCAAUUCAUAGGAGCAGAUAAACCGAGAGUGGCACCUAGAAAUGCACCUGUUGCUGCCCAGUUCCCAGCUGCAGCUGGUGAGUAUCCUGCGGGGAGCGAGGAAGUCGUGGAGGAGCAGCCAAUGAUAGUGGAAGCAGCAUACGAGGAGCAGAGAUGGGGUGAAGAAAUGGUGGAUGUGGAGAUGCACGAUGAAGAACACUAGCAACACCUAGUAAGCAAUGGAAACAGAUGUUCCAAUUUCUAAUAUGUUUUGCAUCAGUGAGAUGGAGAAAUCAAAGAUGAGCAAAAUUCUUUCUAAUGUUCUUAUCAAGUCUAUGAUAUUAGAUAAACAAACAUCAGGAAGAAACACAAGGUUUUGACCUUACACAAC